AUGCUUCUUCGCGUUGUUGUUGUAGCCUGCCUUCUGGUGGCAGCCAUUGCCCAAUGGCCUCGAUGGGGUUAGUUUUAGACAUUGUGGCAAGAUUAAUCAAUUCUUAUCUUCUAUGAUGUUUGUCAACUGUUAACCUGUUUUAGAAGAAAGAACCAUUGAUUGCACAAACUCGGCCAAAACAAAGCAAUGCACUCUUCUGGCUCCAAACUCAAAAGUACCAAGAGAUCCAGCCAAGUACAAGUGCAGACAAGAACCAAUGCCCCAGAACGACUGGAACACAUUGGCCAAGAACUCGACCACCAGAAUUGCUUGCCCAAUUGGCUGCGAACCUGAUGCUGAUCUUUCGGUAAGUAAACCUUCUUCUUACAUGGGUUUUUUCAGUAUUUCUGGGUUCACUUCUAGCUAUCUUUACGCUUAUUUGACUGAAUUUGAAGCAGUACAAUUUGUCUAAUAUAAUAUCUUGCUCAUUUUAUAACCCAAAUUUGUUUGUUUUUCAAGAUUUCUGACAUUUCAAAUAAAUUGUCACCUUUUCUUGUCAUAUACUUUGAGUGUCAAAGCCAAUAAUAUGUCAAUUCAGGUCAUCCAGAAGAAGCCUUAUGUAAACAAGAACUGCCAAAAGUACUACACAUACGGAAAGUACCGUGACACCAAGGAGAACGAGUGGUACUUGUGGAUCACUGAACCUUGUGUAGCCACCUUGACCACUCACUGUCGCUUCAAGGACAUUCCUAUCCACCCUGAGGCCGAAAUCCCACCAGCCGACCCCAACUUCCAGAAACGCACCUAA